UGGGGGAAUGUCAGACCAAGAGGCUAAGGUAUGCUUUGUGUCAUGGUCCUGCCAAGAGUUCUGUGUAAUAUACUUAGAAGCUGUAAUUUUUCCUUAUUAAGAGUAGGUCUCAAAGGCUUUGUUACUAACUUUUAAGAGAUAAAAUGGUAAGAUAAAAUGCUUUGUGAAUACGGGCCCUGGUGUCUUUUUAAACUCACUUUUUCUUACAGACAAGAAGGGCUGAAGUUAAAAUGACAGCAACAUUGGUUCAGCACAAUGUGUCACUUGCGUUGACUGACCACCUGGGGCCUCUUCUGAGGGAGUGUUUCAAGGAUUCCAAAACAGCUCAGGAGUACAAGUGUGCCAGAACCAAGACUUCAUGUAUAGUUAAUGAAGCGCUAGCACCACAUUUCAUGAAUGAGUUGGUGGUAUAUAUGAGGGAAGGGCCAUACACCCUCAUCACAGAUGGAUCCAAUGACACAGGAGUAGAGAAGAUGAACCCCCUGACUGUCCGGUUGUUUAUAAAAGAUAAGGUUGUCCACCGCUUCCUGGGGAUGUGUACUACUAGCGGGACAAGGUGUGGUACAGCAGACAUCAUCUUCAGCAAGAUAAAUGCCACCUUAGCAGAAAAGGCUAUCCCAUGGCAAAACUGUGUUGGCCUCUCUGUGGACAAUGCUGCUGUGAACAUAGGUUCAAAGAAUUCCAUCGCCUCCAGAAUCCUGAAUGAACACUGCAGUAUUUAUGUUCAUGGUUGCCCAUGUCACAUAGUCCACAACACCGCUAAAAGAGCUGGGAUGGGAUUUUUGGACGUGUCCAAAUUUGAUCUGGAAGACUUUGUAGUUGAUGUUGGCUACUGGUUCAAGGGUAGCACAAACCGGAAGGGGUACUUGACAGAAUUUUGUGAGCUUCAUGAAGCAGAGUAUAUGGAGAUCCUGCUGCAUGUCUCCGUUCGUUGGUUAAGCCUUGAAUGCUGUGCAUCCCGGAUUCUGAGGCUAUAUGAACCUCUGGCCAGCUACUUCAAAUCUGCUAAUGAUAAUCAGGCGAGGUUCAGAAGACUUCAGAAGGCAUUCUCUGACCCCAUGACGGAGGUGUCCCUUCUGUUCUUUCAGGCCACCAUACCUGUAUUCACCUCAUUCAACCUCCUGCUCCAGAGAGAACAGUCCUCAAUAUUUUUGCUACAUGAUGAGAUGAUGAACUUCAUUCGCAAGCUGUGUGCCAAGUUCAUGAUGCCUACAGCACUGCAGGAAGACAAACAGCUCUUGCUUUUUAAAGAAAAGGCAAACCAUUUGCCAGGAAGAAAGCUGAAUAUUGGAUUCACCACUAGGGUUAAGCUCAACAAGCUACUGGAUGAUGGAGACAUCACGCCAGAGCAAAUGGAGCAAUUCCAUGAAGCUGCCUUGGCGUUUCUGACCUAUGCUGUGGAAUAUGCAUUCAAAAAGCUGCCCCUACAAGAGCCACUCCUCAAGCACGCCAAGUUCGUUGAUUUUCGGCAGAGGUUGGAAUGCAGUGUAGAAGAUGCCCUUUACUUUGUGGAGAGGUUUCCCAACCUGCUCCCCUACCAUGGGCCUCAGGAGUAUAACUUCCUCAGUGAUGAGUUCCUGGAAUACCAGACUAUGCCAAUACCACCCCUGCAGGUCCAAGGGGAAAUUGAGAUGGAGAGCUUCUGGGCUGAAAUGGCUACCAGAAAACAUAAGGUGACAGGUGUAAGCCUGUUCCCCAGGCUUGCUACAAUUGCAAAGAUUGUCCUGGUCCUACCCCAUUCAAAUGCUGAUGCGGAGAGAGUUUUUUCUGUGGUGGGACUCAACAAGACCAAGACCAGGAACAGCCUUGCCCUUGAUGGCACCCUGUCAUCAAUAAUGACAAUAAAAAUGGCUGGCCUGGAGCCCUGCUUCAAGUGGGAGCCCCCCCCAGCAAUCAUCAAGGCCUCUAAGAAGGCCACAGUUCAGUACAACAAGGCACACGCAUCUUAAACACAAUGUUCACACAGUGGUUACAUUAUAUUUAAGUUGUUAUUGGCUGCAUGUAGUUUGGGAAUGUUUAAAUAUGUUUAGAAUAAAGGUCAUGUAAUUUUAAGUAAACAUGCACAAAAUGAGCCAUGCUGUAUCUUUUGACUUGCUGUUUGUAUUUUUCAGUCAAUUUUCUGCUGGACCUUGUGGUAGGGAAAGGCCUUGAUUAAAGAAUGAUUUUCUCUCACUGCCUAAUCUUAAGAGGUUUGGUCUUUGGCCACCAGUCCCCCCUGGUGUCCAAAAAUGGUUAUUUCUAUUUAUGUAGUUUGGUAAGGAUUAUAAUUUAUGUAAAUCAGUGGUUCUCCUUUAGAAUUUCAGUGGUCCUAGUAGAUCCCUUUUGUAGGCCAAUGCCAAUUUAACUUUGGGACCCUGGUCCCCACACUGAGAAUCGUGUGUGUGUGCGCGUGUGAGUGUGUGUGUGUGUGUGUGUGUGUGUGCGUGUGUGUGUGUGUGUGUGUGUGUGUGUGUGUGUGUGUGGGUGCACGCACGCGCAUAUAUAAAAAGCUUUACGCUGCAAUUUUGGUUGGCACCACCAAAUCUCACUCCAAGGUUUUUUGAAAAG